AAGUGAAUUUCUGACUUACGUCAGUGUGGGUGUCUCAGUGUCGGCGGCCAUUAUUCUACGUAUAAUAUUAUAUUUUUUGUUUUGCGCUCUACUAUAUUCGAAACAAAGAACUUAAUUAUAUUCAAUAUACAUUUGUGUAUCAUCAUUUUGAGUUAAAUAAAAUUAUAGUACAAAAUGAAUCCAGAAUACGAUUACUUGUUCAAACUUCUCUUGAUUGGUGACUCUGGUGUGGGAAAGUCCUGUCUUCUACUCAGAUUCGCAGAUGACACCUACACAGAAAGCUACAUCAGUACUAUUGGAGUGGACUUCAAAAUUAGAACCCUAGAUUUAGAUGGAAAGACAAUAAAGUUACAAAUAUGGGACACAGCAGGACAAGAGAGGUUUAGAACAAUUACUUCAUCAUACUAUAGAGGAGCACACGGGAUCAUCAUUGUUUAUGAUUGCACAGACCAGGACUCGUUCAGCAAUGUGAAACAGUGGUUGGAGGAGAUUGACCGUUAUGCAUGUGAUAAUGUGAACAAACUGCUCGUUGGCAAUAAGUGUGACCUCACUACAAAGAAAGUUGUAGACUAUACUACAGCUAAGCAAUACGCGGAGCAGCUGGGCAUACCGUUCCUCGAGACGUCGGCGAAGAACUCGACGAACGUGGAGCAAGCGUUCAUGACGAUGGCGGCGGAGAUCAAGUCGCGCGUGGGCCCGCCCUCGGCCGGCGCCGCGCCGCAGGGCGCCGCCGUCAAGAUCGACCAGGGCCGCCCCAUCGACACCGGCAAGUCCUCCUGCUGCUGAACGCGCCACUCACGGGUGGCGGCAAGUUGCAGGUCGAGAGGCGAGCGCGGGUCGCUACACCCAGCUGUUGAAAUGCAAUUACCACAAAAAAUUCAUGAUCGCAUCCUUAUAAUUAAUUAUAAAUAAUAAAUGAAAAUUAUAUAUAGUUCCGAGUGCCGUUGGUCUCGUAAUGUUACGUCGUAAGCUGACUCCUUUUAAGUUGCUAUUGUCCGAUAUAUCGUUAGUUAACGGAACGAGGUGAAAUGGAUGGGUGUAUGUUUAUACAUGUUUAUAUAUAAUGAAUAUUGUAGGUUAAUUUCGUGCUGUAUUCCAAAAUAUGAUGCAGAUUAAAAUUGAUAUGAACACGGUCAGAGGGAAUAAAGUAUAUAGUGUGUUUUGUAUUAUCAAGUUUGAGACGAAAGCCUUGUACUGUCGUAAGAUAUAUACUUAAGGAUAGCUCAACUGGUUAGAUUAAUUAUUAAUUAUUUACAAUAUCUCGCAGAAAUAGUUAGCACAGUGCACAUAGUUUAUCUGGCUAAGCGACCGGUUGAGCUGCCACCGUGCUGUAAUACAAAUAUCAUGAGUGAAUACAAUGUCAUGUGUCUCGUGUAAAUCUAACUCAUAGUCCCUCGGAAGUUGUCCAUUAAGAAAAUAGGAUAAUUUUAUUUAAUCUGCUUUUUCUUGCGUUUUUAAUUCUGAACUUCACAGAGGUACUAAUAUUUUAAUAUUGUCUGCACUGGGUGUUAUUCCAUAUUAAUAUAUUUAUCAAUCGCGAUGCGUACUGGGGUUGUGCUGUUUUCGAAAUUUUGUGUUAGAUAUUCUCAUUUAAAAAACACUUAGUAUAUUUUAACACAAAAUUGUAGAUAUAGCAACUUUGCCUUAGGGAAAUUAGACAGAUGUAUAGUAAACUUACGUAGCCAUCGAUUACAUUCAAGCGGGAACAUAGUAUUAAUUAAAAGACAUAUUCAUAUACUGAUAUCACUGGAAUAAUGUGUAAAUUUUUAAAAAUAUAUCGCUAAGUGUUUUAAAUAUUGAUCAAGUGAUGUAAAAUGCUAAGGUUGAAACAUAUUGGAGGUCCGCUCAGGCUAUUUAAAAAAAAAACAUUAAUCGAUAAUUCAGUAAUUUAUUUAAAAUAAAAUAUAUUCUGUGCUCUCCCAGCACAACUAGCAGUCAGCAUGCAAAGAUAUAAAAUGAGUGCAUAUCUAACUUUACUCUUAACCUUUAAAAAUUUAUAAAAAAAAUUUUAGUGGUCUUUUAAUGUGUUCCAAGCCUUACAUCUCUUAUUAAGUAUUAAGCAAUGAUUAUAUUAUAUUAAUGAGAUUGAUAUUUAAGACAUUAAGCUAAUAAAUUAUUUUAUUGUUUCCAACUUAUUAUAGAACUUACUCAAGUAUGUCGUUAUUUUUGUACUAUUAUGUGAAGAGUUAAGUUUACUUAAUCGAUCCGCUAACCCACUGUAAUUCUGUAUGAGGGUUUCUUAGAAAUUAAAACAGUAUGCUAUUUAAA